AUGCGUCAAAUACCAUUAUCAAAACGGUCAACCUAUCGAGCUCUAUCUAAUUCUCUUAACAUUCCUAAGACGUCAUUGAUAAGGUUGCACAAGUCAGGAGUUAUACGACGCCAUUCAAGUACACUUAAACCGUAUUUAAAAGAGGAUAACAUGAUUAACCAUUUAAGGUUUUGUAAGGACAUGCUUGAUAGUAGUAGCUUGCCUCAUGAUCUAAAGUUUCUUUCUAUGCAUAAUAUUGUCUUCAUUGAUGAAAAAUGGUUUUAUAUUACCAAAACUAAAAACAAUUAUUACUUGCUUCGGGAUGAAGAAGAGCCACAUAGAACUUGCAAAAGAAAAAACUUUAUUGGAAAGAUUGGUAUAUUUCCAUUUGUUUAUGAACAACCAGCUAAAAGAAGUAGCGUCAAUAGAGUUGCGGGGACAAUAGAAAGGAAACCUAUAAGUUAUGUAACCAGAGAGGUGAAUAAAGCUUUCUUAAUAAGUAAAGUACUACCAACCAUCAAGAGUAUGUGGCCAAGAGAAGAUGUAGGGAAGACAAUCUACAUUAAACAAGGCAAUGCAAGGUCACAUAUUGCCAAAAGUGAUCCAGAUUUUUGUAGAGCAGCAAGUGAAGAUGGGUUUGACAUUCAAAUGACUUGUCAACCUCUGAAUUCGGUAGAUUUGAAUGUCUUGGACUUAGAAUUUUUCAAUGCCAUCCAGUCAUUGCAGCAACAAGAACCAGUGAACUCAAUUGAUGAACUUAUUGAUGCAGUGCAAAGAGCAUUCGAUGAAUUUUCUUGUCAACAUUCCGAUAAAUUUUUUUCUACUCUUCAAUCAUGCAUGAUUGAGAUAAUGAAGAUCAAGGGAUCAAACAAGUAUAAAAUCCCUCACAUGAAGAAAGAUAUGCUAUAUAAUCAAAGUUGUAUACCUACUCAAUUAAGCUGUGAUUCUUCAUUAGUUCAAGAAGUCACUGAAUAUCUUCAACAUUUUGAUGUUUAA